GUUUCCUCCGAGGUUCGUAAGUACAGAACGAUGACAGAGCUCAUCGUAGAUGCCCUGGAGUUCGUAAAGAAUCCGUACAAAGGAAAGAAACUGAAGACUCAUCCAGAUUUCCCCAAAAAACCUCUGACUCCGUACUUCCGCUUCUUCAUGGAGAAACGAGCCAAAUAUGCCAAAAUCCACCCGGAGAUGAGCAACCUGGACCUGACCAAGAUCCUGUCCAAGAAGUACAAGGAGCUGCCCGACAAGAAGAGGCAAAAGUACAUCACAGAGUUUCAACGGGAGAAAGAAGAGUUUGAGAAGAACAUGGCUCGAUUCAAAGAGGAACAUCCAGAGCUGAUUGAAGAUAGGAAGAAGUCCGACCUGCCGGAGAAACCUAAAACUCCUCAACAGCUGUGGUACAACCACGAGAAGAAGACCUACAUGAAGCUGCAUCCGGAGGUCAGUCAGAAGGAGCUGAAGGAAGCUCUGAGGAGACAAUGGUCCCAACUGUCUGACAAGAGGAGACUCAAGUGGAUCAGCAAAGCCCUGGAGCUCCAGAAAGACUAUGAGGGCAAAAUGAGAGCAUAUCAUGAAGCUCAUCCAGAUGUGACCUCUGAUGAUCACGUUCGGUCCGUCCUCACGAAAGCAGAGAGACAGCUGAAGGACAAAUUUGAUGGACGGCCAACAAAACCACCACCUAACGGGUACUCUCUGUACUGUGCCGAGCUGAUGGUGAACAUGAAGGACGUCCCCAGCACAGAGCGCAUGGUGCUCUGUAGCAAACAGUGGAAGAUGAUGACGCAGAAGGAGAAGGACAUGUUUCAGAAACGCUGCGAGCAGAGGAAGAAGCAGUACGACGUGGACCUGCAGAGGUUUCUGGAGAGUCUUCCGGACGAGGAGCGAGAUCGAGUCAUGGGCGAGGAAAAACUAGGAGGAGCCAGAGGGGGCGUGGCUGCCAGCCCACACAGAGCCAAGUCUCCGGCCAAGAAACUCGGCCCUCAGGUGGUGUCUGUCCUUUCAUCCCAGGAGCGGGGGGGUCGGGAGGCGGAAUCGGAGACGUGGAAACCUGCCGGACAAACGAAAGACAGACGGGACGGGAAGAAGAUGGCGAAGCUUCCUGAGACGCCGAAAACAGCCGAAGAGAUGUGGCAGCACAGUGUGAUGGGAGACUACCUGGCUAAAUACAGAAGCGACCGCAGGAAGGCUCAGGCUGCGAUCGAGGCGGCCUGGAAGUCGAUGGAGAAGAAGGAGAAGAUUCCUUGGAUCAAGAAGGCGGCGGAGGACCAGAAGCGUUACGAGGUUCAGUACCAACCUGUGAGGGAGCUGUUGGACACGAGGACUCCAGCAGCAGCUCAGAGGAAACCCAAGUUUGAUGGAGAACCAAAGAAACCCCCAGUGAGCGGGUACCAGAUGUUCUCCCAGGAGCUGCUGACCAACGGAGAGCUGAACCACUUCAGCCUGAAGGAGCGGAUGGUGGAGAUCGGGAAGAGAUGGCACAAACUGACCCAGAGUCAGAAGGACAAGUACAAGAAGAUGGUGGAGGAGCAGCAGGGAGAGUACAAGGCCGAGCUGGAGGACUGGGUGGAGUCUCUGUCUCCUCAGGACCGAGCCGUCUACAAAGAGUUCUCCUCGUCAAAGCGUCGCAGCACUGCUAAAGUUCGCAACAGUCCAGGAGCUAAAGUCCGUGUGACGGCUAAGGGGAAGGCUGCCAGUUCAAGAGCCACGACGCAAACAGUUGGGGUCGCCAAGAGGGCCAUGGCGUACCGAGCCAAGCAGGACAUGUCCGACUCGACGGGGAAGAGCGACUCCUCUGACUCUGAUGAAGACGACGAGACGUCAGGAAGCACAGACAGCGACGAUGAUGAGAACGAUGACGAUGAAGAUCAGAGCUCCUCUGAGGACUCCAGUGACUCGGACUCAGAUUAGGUCUGCCCCCCCUUCCCCUCAUUGGAGAGGACAGGCUGUGCAGGCCACGCCUCCUCACAUGCCAAUCAUCCGGGCAGACCAAUGAGAACGGUUGACAUCACGCGCUGGCCCCGCCCUCUGAAGGGCGUGGUCUGAUCGAGUGUUUUGUUACCCGUGUUUGUUGGUUUUUAUCUGAUGGACAUUUCCGUCGGGAGGAGUUCGUUUUUAUGUUUUUUUUGGAGCGGGGGCGGAGCCUAUUGGUUACCGGUUUGUUACGCUGAGGGGCGGAGCCAGUGUUCAGCCUCCAAUCAGCUGCCUGCCUGAGAAAAUUAUUAACAAAUAAAUGCACUUUUUCUCA